GGUCAGCACAGGCGGACAGAACAACACUGACAGGACAAGCUUAACCAAGAACAGUAAAACAACUUCUUCUCUACUGACUUCAACAGACCUUCCUCAAUUCAGAAAAAGAUGGAAUCCGAGAUGAAAUGCAACUUGAGCGAGAUGUGGAGCUCCAAGAUGCCCAAGGGACUGGACCUGGAGAUCUCCCAUCAUCCAAUGACAAUGAGGCGUGUGGCCAACCUCAUUAUCGCCAUGGAGAGGCUGAAGGCCGGCACAUCAGAGUCAGUGCUGAGCACCGAGUUCAGAGAUGAAAACCUGCUCAACAUCAUGAUGGAGAACAUAGUGGAAGAGCAUAUUGUGCUCGAGCUCAGCUCAGCUCCACCAGUUCAGUUCAGCAGGACAGGGGAGUACCAGUGCAGUGUGACCGACAGCCAGAAGAGGAGCUUAGUUCUGGUCGAAAACAGCAUGGAGCUCCAUGCAGUGAUGCUGCAAGGAGGCAGUGACAACCGCAAAGUGCAUCUGAACAUGUCAACCUAUGUGCACCCUUCACCCAGUACCGAGGCCAGACCUGUGGCUCUUGGCAUUAAAGACACAAAUCUCUACCUGUCAUGCCACAAGAAAGGUGAUGUGCCAACCCUGCACCUGGAGGCAGUGGAAGACAAAAGCAGUCUGCUGAGGAUCAGCCCCGAAAGCGAAAUGGUGCAAUUUCUGUUCUACAAACGGGACUCUGGGCUGAACAUCAGCACCCUCAUGUCUGCCUCCUUCCCUGACUGGUACAUCAGCACAGCAGAGCAUGACAACAAGCCGGUAGAAAUGUGCAUGGAGAGCGCCAAACGCUACAGAACCUUCAACAUCCAGCGUCAGAGUUAAAACUUGUCAAAGACACCCAAAGUGGAGUGUGGAUCUGUAUUUUGGGUCAUCUUUGUCGCCUUUUAACUAGAACAUCUGUGUAUUGAACAGUGUAAAAUGUACUGUACUUCAGCUAUUUUAAUUCAAAUAAUCAACAACAAAGAUAUAAUUACUUUAAACAAACGUACUACCAUUGUCUGCCAGAAAGAUGCAAGUUUUGCAAUGUCUAUUUACUGUAUGUACCAAGUACAGAAAGUGAAAUGCUUAGUGUAUUGACUCUCUCUCAAAUUAAAUCGAAGGCAACUGGACUUGUAUUUGUCUGUGGAAGACAUUUCGCCUCUUAUCCAAGCGGCUUCAUCAGUUCUUAUGUAUUGGUCUCUCUAGUCCACACUCGUCAGACUAGUGUGGACUAGAAAUACAAGUCCAGUUGCCUUCGAUUUAAUUUGAGAGAGAGAUAUCUAUGACCUGGACGAAUGAGAACAUUCACAGACUUAGUGUAUUGACAUAGUCAAGUUCCACCACAUGGUGGCAUUGUUGUGCUGACUGGAAAGCAGACUGUGUAUUUACAUGACACACUGUUGACGCUUUUAUCUAUUUAUUUAUCCAUUUAUUUAUCUAUGUAUGCACCAUUUUAACAUAUGUAUUUAUUUGGAAAUCUGCUUUCUUGCAAUUAUUUAAAUGAUC